AUGAGGGGCGCCGGAGGCGCGCCGGGCUGCAGCUGCGAGGGGCAGACGACCAUAGGUGAUCAAGCGCCGCCGUCGUGGUCUGCGGCGGCGGUGGUGGUGACCAGCGCCGCCGCCGCCGAGGGCGCGGGCACGGCCACCGGGGAGCCGGGGGACGGAGCGGAAACCACGACUGCGGUCGGCUGCUCUUGCGACACGCCGACGCCCUCGGCACCCCCGAUGCUGUCGCCCACUCCAUCGCCCAAUCCGUCGCCAACACCUUCGCCACCCCCGUCGCCCACACCGUUACCCACGCCAUCGCCAAUUCCGUCGCCAACGCAUUCGCCCACCAGGUCGCCCACGCCAUCGGCCACGCCAUCGCCCACGCCAUCGCCAACGCCGCCGCCCACCCCGCCGCCCACCCCGUCGCCCACCGUGUCGCCCACCACGUCGCCCACGCUCGUGGGAACGACUACCGGGAAGCCGGGGGCUGGCACUUCGCCUACGCCAUCACCCACGCCAUCGCCCCCGACCGUGUCUGGCUCCCUGACCGUGUCUGGCAUUGACUACACAUCCCUCGUUAACGACCCGGCUAUUCUUGCGGAUUUCGAGGACGCCGUGAAGCAGGGGAUCGCCCAGGAAGCUGGAAGCGGUGUCAAUGCCAACGACGUUGACUUGACGCUCUCCGAGGGCAGCGUGAUCGUAGAUUUCAUCGUGCGGGUUCUGAGCGAUGCAGGCAGAGAUGUCGUGGCCUCGACGCUGGCCAGCAGCACCCUGGCCGACACAGUGGUGAGCCUGCUCACGGAGAACGGGGUUGCCGCCGUCGCCUCUGCAGGCAACAUCACCGCUGUACUCACUGGAAUCAACGGUGCGGCCGUGGUGCAGGCGACAUCAACGCUGUCUUCACAAGCCCCAGUCGGGCCUGGUGCUGCGCCUCCGGAGGCAGCCUCGUCGGGCGGCAUCUCUGACGGCCUGAUCGCUGUCCUCGUGGUGUGUGGAGUGUUGUGCCUCUGCGGAGGUGUCGUGUCGGCCGUGGCCCUGGCUCAUCGGUCGGGCUACGCGGAGGUCAAGUGCCUCUCGGCCCUGCACCACCGCUAUCGCCACUUCUGCCGCGAGCGGAAGGUGGCCAGCAGCGCUACCCGCCAGCAGACGGUGGCCAGCAGCGUUACCCUUCAGAGGAAGCGCCCGCAGAGGCCGCAGAGCCCCAGGGCAGCCAAGUCCGCUGGACCAGGACAAGGCCCUGGCGGAGAAAUGCAGCUGACGGAGAGCUUCGACGGAGAAGCGCAGUCCGGCAGCACCAAGGGCGCCGUCUCCUUCCUCGAGGCUCGCGCGGAGCCGGCCCAGUCGGCAAACGAGGUGGACUCUGGGAGCGACGGCACUGGCGCCCUCCGCAGAGGCUCCCUCCGCGCAGGCCGCCUCCCCAGCCCCCCCCGCGCCGUCAGCGACGCCGACAGCAUCCUUCUGGAGGUCGGCUCCAGCAGCAGCCCGGCCCGCCGAGGAGGCGGCUCUCCCGACGCCAUGCGCGCGCUGCCGCUCGGCUCCCAAAGGAGCUCGCCGUGGGCAGGCAGCACCGCCAGUGAUGCCCUGCUCGAGGCCGGCUCCAGCGGCAGCCGAGGCGGGCGCCUCGGCGGCUCUCCCGGCGCUUGGCGGGCCACGCCGCACGGCUCGCAGACGCGCUCGCCCCGCGCGGGCAGCAGCGCCGGCGAUGCCAUGGUCGAGGUCGGCCUCGGCGGCGGCCUGGCCCGCCGUGGCGGCUCUGCCGGCCCUUGGCAGACCCCGCCGCUCGGCACGCAGCCGCGCUCGCCCCGUGCGGGCCUCCACGGCGGUGCCCUGGCGGUGGAGGGCGGGCCGAUGCAGCAAGGAUUGCUCGGGCGAGGACGCGGCGCAGGACAUCACGAAGGGCUAGCGCAAGGGGGCGAGGCAUCGAGCAGUGGCCUGUCGGGAGCUGCCUCCCGCGGUGCCCUCGACCUCGAGGCGCGCCUGGGCGAGGGGGUCGAGCGGGCCGAGGAUCUUGUGGAGCGCACCAGGAUGCUGCAGGAGCACUUCGAGGAGGCUCAUGCCAGCAUGGCCUCGAUCAACGAGCUGUGCGAGGAGGCGGACGCGUUCAUCCUGAGGAGCCAGAUCAAUCAGAACAGGAGCGCCAAGAGGCUCCACGACCUGACCAUGAGAGCGAGCAGUCGCAGUCUCGGGCAAGAUGCUGAUCACGUCGUGGACGAGUUCGGCGGGGCACGCACCCGCAGGCGACGCACGAGCUGGCAUCAUGCUCACCAUGCCGGGGACGAGCUCAGCGAGCUCGACGCGGAGCCCGCACGCAGGAGGCGCGGGAGCCCGUGCAGCCUCGGGCACGAUGGCGGGCGUGCCGUGGGCGAGCUGAGCGAGAUCGUCGAGGCGCCCCGACGGCGCGAGAGCAGUCCCAGUCCUAGGCCCGAUGCGCACCGCGCCGUGGACGAGACCGGCGAGCCGCCCCCCCGCCAGCGGCGCCGGGCCCCGCCCAGGCGCCUGGGCGCCGAGCCGUGCUGCGAGACCGGGGGGGGGGCCCACAGGGCCCCGCCCGAACCACUGCCAAUACGAUUGCGAGUCUCUCUUUCUCACCCGAUAAUCCACGUCGUCCAGCUCGGCGUCGAUGUUGAUGCAGCAGGGGCAGUGGAGAUGUCCUGCGAUGCUGAUCGCCACUGCGGUGAUGGAACGGAGCUGGCCAGGAUCGCGGGCCAGCUCGCGAUCCUGCGUCUGCACAGGACGGCUCCUGGGCUGUGA